CUUGGACGCAGCAGCUUGUCCAACGAACCUCACGUCUUUCGCACCGUCCUCUGGAUUUCGUUUCUUUCCUCGCUAGUCUCAUAAAAUACCUUCGAACUCUGUAAUACUUUCAGAACGACAUCAGACAACGCAGCGGGCGUUUCUAGACUCCCCCAACACAUCUACACCCCCGAUAAUGCCAAAGCUCUCCCCGGCUUUCCACACCACCACAAACACCACGAUACCGCCCCCGACCACCCCAUCAUGACACCAAACUCCCAAUUCGACGCGGGCGUAUCCCACCCAGAAGGCCAAUGUCCCUUCUGCGUAAUCGCAACAGAAUACCCGCCCUACGACCCUUCCAAACCCCCACAAGACGAAGGCGACAAUUCGACCCUCGACCCAAACCGCAUCCCAACGCCCGCCUUCGUCGUCCUCUCCACGCCUCUCCUCAUCGCCUUUCUCGACAUCCUCCCGCUAUCCCGCGGCCACCUCCUCCUCUGCCCGCGCGCCCACCGCCCGAAACUCACCGACGCCUCACCCGACGAGUCGGCCGAGAUGGGCCGGUACCUGCGCGUGCUGUCCAACGCUCUGGCGCGCACGACGGGCGUGGAGGACUGGAACGUGGUGCAGAAUAACGGGGCCGCGGCGGCGCAGGUCGUGAUGCACAUGCACUUUCACCUCAUUCCGCGACCCGAGAUCCGCGCGAGCGGGCGCUAUAGCGAGAGCUUCACCAUGUUUGGGCGGGGCCGGAGGGAAGAGCUGGACGAUGAGGAGGCGGAGCAUUUUGCAAAGGAGUUGCGGGAGAACGUGGCUGAUAUCUUGAGGGAAGAGAAGCACAAGCCGAAGCUUUGAUGGGUAGGACGAAUAGGCUUUUUCUUGUUUUUUAAGUUCGUUUAUUCAUUUCAUGUAUACCAAGGACUGUCAUGUCCUAGCUGCCUAUGCGUAGCAGCAUGUCUUAUCACGCCGUAGCGUUGUUUCGUUUCUUUUUAACUCAUUAUGUGAGUCCACCACUUUUUUCUCACACUCAUUACACUGCUACCCAAACCGAACAUUUACUCAUCAUCGCCGAAGAAGACCUUGACACCGUCGGGAAGGAAAGUGCCGUCGCAGACCUUGAAGCGGUCGGGGAUGGCGGAGAUCUUCUUGAUCUCGUCAUCGGUGAGGGACCAACCGUCGAGGUCGUAGUUGGCCUUGAUGCGGCCCUCGGAGACGGACUUGGGGAUGACGCUGACGUCUCUGGCCAAGCCCCACUGGAGGAGGACUUGCUGGGGAGUGCGGUCCUUGGACUUUGCAAUCUCGAGGAGAGUCUGGUUGGUGUAGAGAGGGGAGUCGGUGCUGCCCAGGCACGAGUAGGCGGUGGCGUGGAUGCCCUUUGACUUGCAGUAGUCGAGGAGCUUGGGGGAGGGGUUGCAGGGGUGAAGCUCGAUCUGGUUGACGGCGGGGACGAUCUGGGUCUGUAGUUAGUAUGGAAAUGGCUGAAGGGAGAGAAUGUUGUUGUAGGAAAUACCUUGGUGGAGGGAUCGUUGAGGAGGCGCUCGAGGUGGGUGAGGCCAAAGUUGGAGACACCAAUGUUCUUGACCUUGCCGGUGUCGACGAGCUUCUGCAGCUCGCGCCAGGUGUCGACGUAGUCCCAGUCGGGGUAGUGCUUCUUGAGGUCGUCGGGGUCGGUGCUAGAGGGCCAGUGCAUGAGGUAGAGAUCGACGUAGUCGGUCUGGAGGUUCUCGAGGGACUUUGUAAUGGCCUCGGGGACGCGCUUGUGCCAGGGGUUGUCGAGCUUGGUGGUGAGCCAAAUCUCCUCACGGGGGACGCCCGAGGCAAUGAUGCCGUCGCCGACCUCCUUCUCGUUCUGGUAGGCGAAGGCGGUAUCAAUGUGGCGGUAGCCGUUCUUCAGGGCGGCCUCGACGGCGAGCUUGACCUGGUUGGGGGCGGACUGCCAGGUUCCCAGGCCGAUGGCGGGAAUCUUGGCACCCGUGUUGAGGGUGAAGGUGCGGGAGGUCUGGGACAUUUUGGGCAGUAUUUGAGGUGUAUACUAUAGAGUCGGGGGUAUCUUGGGAUAGAACGUAAAGGACUCGAUAUGAGAAGAGAGAGGAGUUAUCGUGGAAUAGCAAGAUAUUCUUCGGGAAGGAAUGGGGGAGUGCUCUUUUGUAUGCGCUCAAGACGGCGGG